AUGAAACUUUCAACAUCAGGGUUGAGUCAGCAGCAGCAGCAGCAGCCUAUUGAAGGAGAAAAGAAAUGCUUGAAUUCGGAGCUAUGGCAUGCGUGUGCCGGUCCACUUGUGUCGUUACCGAUGGUUGGAAGUCGAGUUGUGUACUUCCCCCAGGGUCAUAGUGAGCAGGUUGCUGCCACUACUAAUAAAGAAGUUGAUGCCCAUAUACCUAAUUAUCCAAGUUUGCCUCCCCAGUUGAUCUGCCAACUUCACAAUGUUACAAUGCAUGCAGAUGUUGAAACUGAUGAAGUGUAUGCCCAAAUGACAUUGCAGCCCUUGACCCCGCAAGAACAAAAGGAUACUUUUCUUCCUGUUGAAUUGGGUACUUCUAGCAGACAACCAACUAAUUAUUUUUGCAAGACGUUGACAGCAAGUGACACGAGUACCCAUGGAGGAUUCUCUGUUCCUCGCCGUGCGGCCGAAAAAGUCUUCCCUCCACUGGAUUUCUCACAGCAGCCACCUGCACAAGAACUUAUUGCACGGGAUCUCCAUGAUGUGGAAUGGAAGUUCAGGCAUAUAUUUCGCGGGCAGCCCAAACGUCAUCUUCUUACCACAGGGUGGAGUGUGUUUGUUAGCGCGAAGAGACUUGUUGCUGGCGAUUCUGUGCUUUUUAUCUGGAAUGAAAAGAAUCAGCUCCUUUUGGGGAUCCGUCGUGCGACUCGACCACAAACUGUAAUGCCAUCAUCUGUUUUAUCAAGCGAUAGCAUGCACAUUGGACUCCUUGCUGCAGCUGCUCAUGCUGCUGCUACAAAUAGUUGUUUCACAAUAUUCUAUAAUCCAAGGGCAAGUCCAUGUGAAUUUGUUAUACCACUUUCAAAAUAUGUAAAAGCUGUGUAUCAUACACGUGUUUCUGUUGGGAUGCGCUUCCGUAUGCUCUUUGAAACCGAAGAAUCCAGUGUUCGUAGAUACAUGGGUACAAUUACGGGGAUUGGUGAUCUGGAUCCUGUUCGCUGGCCCAAUUCUCAUUGGCGAUCUGUCAAGGUCGGUUGGGAUGAAUCAACUGCUGGUGAGAGGCAGCCCCGCGUGUCGUUAUGGGAAAUUGAACCGUUAACAACAUUUCCCAUGUAUCCAUCACUCUUUCCCCUUCGUCUGAAAAGGCCUUGGUAUCCUGGAGCUUCUUCUUUUCAGGAUGGCAGAGACGAUGCAGUCAAUGGGAUGGCAUGGAUGAGAGGUGAAACCGGGGAGCAAGGACUCCAUUCUCUUAAUUUUCAAUCUGUUGGGAUGUUCCCAUGGAUGCAACAGCGGGUCGAUCCAUCCUUCCUUCAAAAUAAUCUUAAUCAGCAGUACCAAGCUGCAUUGGCUGCGGGUUUACAGAAUUUAGGGAGCGGAGAUGCUUUGAAACAACAAUUGAUGCAGUUUCAGCAACAGCAGUCUGUCCCAUUCUCUCAGCAGCAUUCAGUUUCAGGCACCUCUAACCCGCUUUUCCAACAUCCUCAGCAACAAGCAAUUCAGCAGCUCAUACCUCAGCAAUUUAUGCAUGGUCAAACCCAGAUUCCACAGCAAGUCAACAAUCACCCUGAGGAACCACAACAGCAGCAAGUCAAUAGUCAACGGCCACCAAAUUCGUUUCCUGAAUCUUAUCUGAUCCAACAAGAACAACUUCAAACAAGGCCACAGUCUAAUGUCCCGUCUCACUCAUUUCAGAAAACCGAGUUCAUGGACCCGAAUGCCAAAUUCAACUCCAACAUUACCCCUUCAGCCAUGCAGAAUAUGUUGGGUUCUCUAAACUCUGAAGGAAGUAGCAACCUUUUGAGUUUUUCAAGAACAAGCCAGCCCACACUUACUGAACAGCAAUCGAACCAGCAAUCCUGGGUGUCGAGGUUUGCUCAAUCACAACCCAAUGUGUCUUCGGGUACACCAUCGGUUUUACCAUAUCCUGAGAAAAACACUGGCGUGGAGCAGGAGACUUCAAGCUUGGAUGCACAAAAUCAGGGUUUAUUUGGUGGAACCAGUAUCGAUUCAUCUGGGCUUCUACUUCCUGCUUCUGUUUCAAACAUUGGUACUUCAUCAUCUGAAACUGACCUUACCACCAUGCCUUCAGGGGCUUCUGGGUUUCAGAAUUCUCCAUACUUUAGCUACAUGCAGGACUCUUCUGAGUUAUUGCCCACUACAGGACAAAUUGGCCCACCGAACCCUAAUCGUACAUUUGUCAAGGUUUAUAAAUCAGGUUCGGUGGGGAGAUCUUUAGACAUCACCCGGUUCAACAGCUACCCAGAGCUGCGAGAAGAACUGGGUCAGAUGUUUAAUAUUGAUGGGUUGCUUGACGACCCUCAAAGAUCAGGCUGGCAGCUUGUAUUCGUUGACAGGGAGAAUGAGAUGCUUCUCCUUGGAGACGGACCUUGGGAGGCAUUUGUAAAUAGUGUCUGGUAUAUCAAGAUACUUUCUCCUGAGGAUGUGCAGAAACUUGGGAAACAAGAGUUAGAAACUUUCAGCCAAACCUCGAGUGAAAGGAUGAAUAGUGUUGGAAAUGAUGUUAGAGACCUCUCUGGUCUUCCUCCAUCCAUGGGUUCACUUGGUUUUUGAUAAAAGAAAGAUGUUUUCAAUCUGCAACUCUGUGAGACCAAGUAACUGAGUUUCUAUCAGCAUGUGGCGUUUUGCUGCUGCUUUUGGUCUCCAUUGACCAGUCUCUAUGUUGUGCUACUUCGUAUCGUAUAUGAGUUAUCUAUGAUCACAUUUGCUAGGUCUUUUAGUUGUAUCCUGGUAAUUUAGUAAAUGAUAGACAAGAUUUUGAUUGGAUACUUAGAACAAAUACUUAGCAAGAAGUUGUUAACUAUUGUGGAAAUGUAUGAUCUGUUGUUGUCUAUUCGUCUAUAUAUACCAUGAAUUACCUGGUAACUUACUUGGUAUAUUUA